UUGGGGAGUAAGGCUACUCUGGGGGGGGAGCUCCUCCCACCCUGGCAACAUAAAAUCCCUGUAUUUUUCCCCUCUCCCCUCUUCUCCUACUCGGGAGAGACCAGCAUCGGCCCUCCCGUGGGGAAGAGGGCGGGGCCUGGGGCUGCCCCGCCCCUCUCGCGCGGGGAGGGGCCACUAGGCGAGGCCCGGCGACUAGGCCGCGGGAGGAUGAGGCGAAGCGUCUCCCCGCGAGGAGGGGAACCGUCGCCUGAAUGUAAACAAUUUGCCCCUCUCUUUCUCCGCAUCUUCUUCCCCACCGCUCCUGAUUGGCUGAGGAGAGUCGGCUGGUGAGAAGGGGACGCGCGUGCGCGUUGAUGAGCCGCUCGCCGGAGGUUUGAGAGGAGAAAUAAUAAUAAAGGGAGGGUGGUGUCCAAGAGGUGAAAUACGCUUCUCUGAUUGGUUGAAGGAGACGAGCUGGUGGAUUCGAUUGGCUGGAUGGGUUGGCUCUCUGAAGGAAGAUCUCAGCAACGAGGAUUACGUGCAGAAGGUUGCCAGUUCAGUUCCCUGCUCAAAGACUAGGAGAGUCCCUGCCAGUCAAGACGAAACACUGGGUUGGCUGGACCAAUGGGCUGAUUCUGUUGCUAUGAUGCAUUCUUACUUUGCGAGGGGCGUGGGCAGCACCCUCUGAAAAAGGAAGACGACAGCCCUGUCAUGCCCAAAUCUUUGUUCCUGCCCCUCUGCGUGAAGUCAGACCAUCUCCUUGUCUUGUGAAAAAUGAAGUAGCCGCAGCUGAAGUUUCCUCGUGAUUGGCUGGUAUUUUCCUCCGACAGGAUCCAGCACCUGUUGCUGUAUAUUACAGGCAAUAUACAGCAGGGGCAAGAGAGAAAGAGAGAGAGAGAGAGACUGAUCCAGGCGACAAGCUGAAGGCCGGUCGGUGGAAUUUCAGUCCUAGGUACAAACCGCAUGUGUGUGCUCUGCCUCUGCGGGGACAAGAAUCCCAAGAAGGUGAUAUGGCCACAGGACCCUGUGAGGUACUGGAAAGAAAUGAGGAGUGCCCAGAUUCUGUAAACGGACUGUCAGUUCAGCAACAGUUGAAAGAGGACAGAAAAGAAGAUGCCAAGCCAAAUAAAGAAGAGGUAAAUGGCACCCCAAAUGGAAUAGAGAAAGGCAGCGGAAACAAGCUUCACAUCAUUGAGAAGGAUCUGGAUGAAUUUGUGGACAGCAUGGCGGAAGCCAUGCCAGAGGCAGAGAAACAGCUGGGUCCGGAACAAGUGCCCCCGAAGUUGCCCCGGGCUGAGCAGGUGGCAGAAAAAGUAUUGAGGGCUGAAGUGGUGUCUGAGGGGGUGCAACGUGUGAGAAAACCGCCAGGAACAGAAAAGGGGCCAGAGAAACUGCCACAAGUUGAAAAGGUGGCAGAAAAAGUGCCAAGGGCGGAGAAAGCACCAGAGAAGGUGCCCAGGGCAGAGAAAGCGGUGGAGAAAGCACCCCGGGCAGAGAAGCCGACAGAGAAAACACGCCCUGCAGGCUCCCCAGCUCCGAAGGCCAUCUCCACGAAGAGAAAAGUGGCCGCCACAAAGGACACGCUCCCCUGGGAGGGGCUGACACUGAACAAAUGCAUCCUUGUCGCCUUUUGCGUUGCCCUCCUCAGUGUGGGAUGCCAAGUGGUUCAAGACAUGCUAGACUUUGGUGAGGCAGAUGUUCCAGACGCAGAGCCCGGCGUGUGGACUUCCCCAGAAAGCAGCCCUCAGGAGAGCAGCCCUGGAGAACUGAAAGAGUUGUGGUUUUAUGAGAGGUGGCUAAGCUGGCCGGAUGACUAUGAGCCACCAGAGCCGGAGGAGGAAGAGGAGGAAGAACUAGAACCAGUAGAAAUAGAAGAGGAGGAGGAGGAGGCAGAGCCAGUAGAAAUAGAAGAGGAGGAGGCGGAGCCAAUAGAAAUAGAAGAGGAGGAAGAGGAGGAGCCAAAAGAGGAAGAGGAGGAGCCAGAGGAACCAGUCGCCAAGACAGAACCACGAAAGAGCCGGGAGAAACUGCGAGAAGAGAGGAAAGCUGGCAGAAGAGAGAAGUCCUUGAAAAGUAAGGCCCUGAAAGAUCACAAAGCACCCAAGGAAGAGGAGGAAGAAGAAAAGAAGCACCCGCUGGGCAAACGCCAUUACCGGGAGGGCUCAACGAAGGAGCAGCGGUGGAGGCCUCAGCAGGAGGAAGGCAAGAGCCGCCAUCCAAAACACGAGUCAGUCCACUUCAAGGAACACAAACGGCACCCGCAGGAGGAUGGGAAGGGGCACCCGAAAGAGAGGCAUGAUAGAGGCGAGGGCCGCCACCCUAAGCGUGAGCAGGACUAUAAGCACCACCCACACGAGCCAAAGGGCCAGAAGCCCUGGCAUGUGCAGCGCCCUUUCUUCUCCCAGAAGGAUGGUGCCCACAAGUUUGGGAAGCACAAGUUCCAGGAGGGGAAGAGACAUGACUGAGCCCCCCUCUCCCUGCCCCUCUUCACCAAACCACUGCAAUAGAGCUAAGAGCUACCUCCUCCCAGCCACCCUUGCCUCCUCCUCAAAAUCACAGGGCAGGGGGGAGCAGUUGCCACGCACAAACACACACACAGUGCGAUCCCCAACUGCUGCAAAGUCUUUUGCCCAGAGUCUGUCCCUCUUUUUGAGCCCCACAACGCACUUAUGACAGCAGUUUCUGGCAUGCAGCUCAGGGCUCCGCUUAACACUCUCGUCCUUACCCUGUUUGGCAUCCUUCCACACCGCAUGACCUCAGGCAAAGCCGUUUGCCACAGUGCUGUGCCUUGGUUUCCCCAGCUGCAAAACCAGAGAAUCCUCCUCCUUCCCCAUCACCGCCCCACACAGAGGGGGAGCCCGGGGACUUAACUGACGCCGCUGGCAGUGGAGGCUGAGGCCUUAGCUCUAAACACCGCUAUGGUAGAGAGAAGAAGCCGCACAAAAAUUGGCAGCAGCAUCCCUGGCUAAGGAUCGGUUCGAGCAUACAGGGACAGAAUCGCCUCACCUCUUGUAACUCGCAGGCUUGUCCUGUGAGCUGCUUCCGUUUAAAAAACAGCAUUUGGGGGUUCUUUUGGGGGCAGUUGAUGCACAAUGGCCAGUUUGCACAGGGAGUCUCAGCAGGUGAACUGGCCUUUUUGAUACUCAACUGUGGCCGUUUUCACUCUGCUUACCAGCCACGGAACAUCACAGUGAGCUCCCGGAACGGCAGCGUCUUCCUGGUUCUCGCGCAAAAUCCCGCCAGGAAGACACUGCCGUUCCGGGAGCUCGGCGCGAUGUUCCGUGGCCGGUAAGCAGAGUGAAAACGGCCAGGAUUGGGGGAACUUCUGUGGUCUGGGGAAGCGCUCUGUCUUACCCAGACCACGUCACUAAGUCUGAGUUUUUCUGUUUUAAAUUUGCUGCUUCUAAAGCUCCCCUCUUUUGUUGGAGAACUUAACUAGGCUUUUUUUUUUUGCACAAAGCAAAACAAGUAUUUUUUUUGUUGUCAACUUGCAUGCUGCAAACAGAGCAGAUAUGAAUGAACCACCUCUAAUUCAAAUGCCCACAGUUGCAACAGAGACAUUGUGGCAACCUCAAAUAUGCAAGAUUUGGAGACAAAAAUCCGAGUUUUGCCCGAGCGCACAGCAACAGCAGAGACAUUUUCGUCUUCUUUGGAUGUUUUUUCUUUUUUUAACGCUGGAAAAUGUGGGUUCUGGAGGUUUGCAAUGGUAAAAAAUUGUGUACAAAUCAAAACUGUUUGGGGCAUGAACAUUUGCCAGUUAAAGUACAGGAAAUUAAAGUUGGAAUCUAAGGUC